GUUCACAAAAGAUAAAAAAGGCGAGUGUUAAAUUUCCAAUUGGUCAAUUAGUAAUUUUUUAUAAGUUUAAAUUACAGGGUUUAGGACCAUUGAAAUCAGGCGAUUAAUUGGGACUAAUAAGCCAAUGUUUCGUAUUUAGACUUUAUCAAAAGCGAAGCAAUUAGUAUUCCAAUUUAAUUGUGUUUGUUUAUUUCAAGCUUUGAAAUAUCGCCCAUGAUGAAAAGCUCCUGCCUUCACGGGAGUGCUUCCCUAAUUUUUUUCUACAUUUUAUAAAUGUAGAUAAAAGUAUAGUAGUAGUAAAUUUUCGUUUAAAAAAUAAUGAAAAUUUAUUCUACAUGUUUCCCCACUAGAUGAAAUUCUAUCUCAGCUUCUGAAAGUUCUCAUAGCCAAGUCUAUAACUUAGCGAAGAAUCAGGAUUAAAAAAAACAUUGAACAUUCAUAUUUUUCGAUACAAUAACGCACUGUAUACGCGUAAAAUAAAUUGAUUUAUUGAUGUUCCCGAAGAAAAGCUAUGAAUUAUCCACACAUCUUAGAAGCCCUAUAACAGAUUACCUAGUUUAUUUAGAAACGCGGACUGUUCAUAGGUUUCUCUAUUUCACAGUGGAAUGAAAAAAAUUGAAACGCAAAGUCGUCAUUAUUGAUAACUCUUUUGACUUCAACGUUAUAUUUGGUUGUAGUGUUUUAUUUUUUACAAUCUCUGAAAAUGGACAAUGAUGCUAUUAACGAUUCAAAUACAAGAGAUUUGAAUGAUGCAAUCGAUAGCAUUCAGGAUUCUGCAUCAUAUUCUAUACAUGGUUUACUUAACAGUUUAACUUCCAGUGAGAAAGACUCUAAUAAUGCACAGGAUAAAUACGGUUUUGCAGAUCAUCUGCAAAGCUACAACUCUAAUGAUGAAACAAAUUCACCUCCAGGUAUAUCCUCUACUUCCAAAAGAAAGCAACGACGAUAUAGAACUACUUUCACCAAUUUCCAACUGGAAGAAUUGGAAAGAGCUUUUCACAAGACCCAUUAUCCUGACGUAUUUUUUCGUGAAGAAUUAGCAAUGAGAAUCGAUUUAACGGAAGCUAGAGUGCAAGUGUGGUUUCAAAACAGAAGAGCAAAAUGGAGAAAAAAUGAGAAAAUAAUAAGUAAGGGAGUUGAUUUGCAGCAAAACUUGAAUAUAUCUUCCUCUCCAGUAGGAAGUCCUCUCCUUAAUUUCAUGCCAACCUGUGAUCAGCCCGCAUCUUCCAACAUGUUUUUGGGUCUAGACUGGCCGCAUGUUAUGCCUUUUUCAAAUAAUUCUUCGAUACCAAUGGAGGACCAUAAUACCGCCAAUGAAAAUUGUCAGAUGGAACCCCAACUGCAAGACAGAUUACAAGAAACCAUGCUGAUUGCUGACAGAAUAACAAAUUCUUUACACCAUGCAGAAAUAAUGGAAGAUUCCAUGUUAUUGCAAGACGAUUUGGGAGUUGUCAUGUCAGAUAAUCAUUGUGAUAUUUCCAUUGAUCCUGAGCUAUUGACUUUGAAACCUCCUAGACAUAUGCGGAAUGAUUGAAAUUGGGGAUGACAAAAACAGCACUAGUGAAAUAAUAUAAAUUUAAUAUUCAUAUUUAUUUACAAAAGUAUUAAUUUUAACAUUUCUUCAAAAAAUCUAUUGGAAUUGUUGAUUAUAGACACAAAAAUCUUUAUGUCAAUUUGAAUUGUUCAGGAGCGUUAUCAUCAUAUAAGAUAUCAAUUUCAGAAAUUAUUGAUUGAAUUAUAAUAGUAAUACUCAUUCAGAUUUGCUCUUGCGAAUUUUCUUAUAAAUUUCAGAUCUUACAAACAGGUCUAGUUUCUGUACCUGAUUUUGUUUUUCUAUGAACAUAAAAAUAAAUUUCAUUAACAUAUUUUAGUAACUUCCCUGAAUCAUCCGUCCUUGAAACAUUCAAUUGAAUGAUGAAAC